UAAAAGUAUUUGUAUUUUCACCAUCAUCUGCUGAUAGAUAACAUUGAUACAACAAAAUUCUAUUUGCUUGAACGUGUGACACACAGGAAAAAUAUUUCAUGAAAAACACAAUGACAGAGCACGACACAUGAAUUUAUAUAUUGGCUAUAGAAUUGCAUGAACACGGGUUCCUUUCAGGGGCUGGUCUUGAAUGAAAAAUGAGUUGCCUCAAUGUCAUUUCCUGAAAUGUGUUUCUGAAAACUUCUGCUAUCAGGGGAUUUAGCAAUAAGCAAGAAAAUCUGCAAGAGGAGACCUUCUGAGAGAAGGAUGAUUUAUUUUUCUUUGCUAGGACUCUGUCUCCUUUCUCUUACAGGGGCAACAGCUGGAGCUCAGUCAUCUGAUCAUUUGGUGAUGUUUGCCUUACCCAGAGACAGUAUUACUUUGCCAUGUGGCAUCCCCUCCGUUAGAUCCUGCUCCUCUAUCAACUGGAACAUGACUGGCGAGUUUGGUUCAGUUACUGAGGUGGUGAAGGCUGGACAAGUGACAGCUCCAGACGUCCCCCGGCACGGCCUGCUGAAGGACUGCUCUCUGGAGAUUAAUCGCCCUGUACGCAAUGAUGCACGACUUUACACUUGUGGCAGUGGAGCACUCAACUCAAGUGUUUCACUUCAGAUUCUUGAACUUGCUGAGAGCUUAGCUGCUGCGGAGGGCACAAUAGAACUUCACUGUUUCCUCAAUACAUAUAAAGGACUCUUCCACUGUCACAACACAGGGAUACAUAUCAAGUGGAGUACUGAUGAUAAUACACCGAUAAAUGGAAAUAGAUUUCGCUUUGAAAACCCCACUGAAUGCUUCUCUAAACUGAUUAUCAAUAAAAAACUGACAGAUCAUCUCAGAAAAUGGAAAUGCCAACUAUCUCAGAAUGAUGUGGUUAAAGCCACCGUCAGUUAUACGACAACAAUAACAGAUGGCGUAGAGGAAGUGUUUGCUGCAGUGGGUGAGUCAGUGUCACUCUCCUGUAGCAACGCUUCCUCUCUUGGUGUAAGAGGCAGCGCGGAGUGGGCUGCGGGUGGAAAACCACUAUCAGAUGGUACCUCACACAAAAAGGGCCAAUCAGAGGCGUUUCCUGUUAAUGAAGACUCAUCACUGUUCAUUAGGAAAGUGAGUGCUCUGAAUGCUGGGGACUACCAGUGUUCAGAGUCCACUGAGCAGAAAAAAGUGUUAAACAAAAUCAGACUGCACACCCUCGAUGUUACUCCACAGUGUGGGCCAGGAGGAGAAAACCUCACCUUGACUUGUGUGCUUACCUGCACUGAACAAUGUGACAAAGACUUCAAUUUAACUUGGUCUGGAAGUAGCCAAAAUAGCUGGCAGAGCAAUUUGAAUGACAACAACACUCUUAAAAGCAAACUAGUUCUCCCAGUAUGUUCAAUGAGAUCGGAAGAAAUAACCUGUGUUGUGCAAAGAGAGGGUGCUGUGAUGGCAGCAAAGAAGUGGCGCUCUGUUAACUCUUUGCAAACACCUGCAUGGUUAGCCCUUCCUCUCAGCCUCCUGAUGUGUGCAGCUGCUGGAGGACUCUACAUGUGCACGAAGAGAAAGCACAACAGGGAUGCAGCAAAUGAACAGUCAAGUAUUGGAAUGACUCAUGUUUAUGAUGUAAUUGAGGAUGUAAAUGCGGAGGGACUACAACAGCAAACACAAUCUAACAGAGAGGCAUCCACCACCACUGACAGUUUCUAUGAUUUAUUGCAAGCUGUAAACUAGUGCUAAAGAGAAGUGUGUGUUUUUGUCUCCAUUUUAACUUUGAUUAAAUCAUUUAACCACCAUCAAUAAACUAACAAUUUGUUUUCUAAAACAGUGAGUAUCUAUGAUCAAUCACCAUCCUGCAGAUACGAAUUCAACUUGGAUAAAAGAUUGUCUUGAAAGAUUUAAUUGUAAAUAUGACUCCAGUUCAUUUAAAAUGACAGAUAAUUGAUCUAUUAAUACAAACUGGUGUCAUGGUUUGCUAUGGCAGACACUUUUUGUUAGUUUUGUUUGGACUUUUCUCACUUCCUGUUUUAUUUUGUAAUUUGGUUUCCUUGUGUGUCAGUGUUUUUGCUUCCUGUCUUGGUCCUGUUUCUGUGUGGUGAUUGUCUGCCCCACCCUAAUGUGUUUCACCUGUGUUCAAUCACCCUUGCCUCCCUUGUCUAUAUAGUCUUUGUGCUCCCCUUUGUCUGGGUCGGUUUGUCAUUGUUGUCUCUGUUUAUCUCUGGGUUUGUCAUCAUCUGGUCACGUUGCCUGUUCAUGUCUGGUUCGUACCCAAGCUGUUCAUGUCCGGUUUGUCCUUAGUCUGUUCAUGUUGCCUGUUGACAUCCCCUGUGUUUCUCGUGUUUUGGCCUGCUGUUCCUUGUGGUUCCCCGUGCUUGUUUUUUAAGUUCUUUUGUUUAAUAAACCUUUCUGUGUUGGCUGCAUUUUAGUUCCACGCCUACUUAUCCCUCAAACCCUGACAACCCCUCAAAACCUUGACAACUGGGUGAUAAGUUAUUCUUCUUUUCAAGACAAACUCAAACACUCUAUAGUUUAGUAGAUGUCACAUUUUUACAUAAUGCAUAAAUGUAAGCAGGUAAAAUUUCACAGGGAAAAUCAGGUGUCAUGGUGGCUGGACCAUAAAAGGUAACUAGAAAAUUCCAGGGAAAUUUUGAGUGCCACGGGGGCUACUGCCGGGAUGAGUACAUGAUUUAUUUCCAGUGUUCAAAAGUCACCCUGAUCAUACUCUGGUUUUGAGAAAUGUCUUGAUAUAAAAGACUCUGAUAUAAAACAAUGUCACAUCCCUCCAUCAUGUAUUAUGUGGGAAAUAUCUCAUAUUCUGUCUUGUUUUUUUUUAAUAAAACAAGAGGCAACAUGUCU